ACACACACACACACGCUGCCCCCUCGCUGUGUGACCAACAUAUGUUCUACAAUUAUCCACAAAGAGGAUCAUUCAGCUCAGUCUUGAUAUUUUCUCGUUAAACCCUUCGUUGACUGGCUGCCGCCGCUGCUGGCGACGGUGGGCCAGGUAACGCCGUGUUUCAUACUCAGCUCUUAAACACAGAAGUGGAGAUCCCAUUUCCUCCAAUUAACAGUUUAAACAAACUAAAACAACGCCUGCUCUCUCGUUCCCUUUGGUUAUGUUCGCUCUAAAAUCUUAAAUGUGAACUGUGAGACAUUUUAUUCACAGAACUAAACUGUAUUGUGUAACUACUGUGCAAAAUUAUGGGAUAAUUAAGUGAAAGGCCUCAUUACUGAAGUCUGGCCUGGAAGAAAAUGAGCUUUAAAUAUAAAAUCAUAAAAGAAAAGCAGUUAACGAAGGUCAGGGAGCAGUUGGUUGCACAGUGAACAAAGACGUUUGUUGAAAAGGAGUCGAGGAGCAGCAGCGGCUGUUGACGUUGGCACCGACGUGAGAUUACCUCGACAAAUGAAACACUGGCCGUUUCUUAAAAGGUCUUUUCAAGUUCAGAUGGUAAAAAUAAACCGCCGCAGCAGAGAUCCAGAGGGACAAAUGGUCAAACUGAAAACCAGCAGCUACCGUGCGACCACCAGCCGGACUGCAGCUGAUGUUCCUGAAGCCGGACGACAACGUGAUUACAGUCUGUGGGAACACCAAGUUAGAAAACUCAAGCUAAGUACCUUGGUUGAGUAAAUGUACUCUCCCAUUAAAUUCUCGGUCCAAAUCCGACUGGUUUUCAGAGAUGUCCGUCCUUCUCUUCAACCGGAGACGUUUCAGGAUUCUGCUCUUCACCAGCGAUCACUUCUUCAUUAAAGAAGAAAAGAACAGAACAACGAGAACAAGCCGAAGUGGAAGAUCAGCUGAAGAUCAUUCAUUUAAUCAAAAAGACUUGAACAGCAAAUCAAUAAACAUCAGGCCUGGACGUCCUGGACGUCCUGGACGUCCUGCCACCCCUGUAGAGCAGGACGAGUUAAUCCACUUUCCAGAUGUUCUGUGUUUCGGCCCCUGAUGUCCACUCAAACUGUCACAUCAACACUCAGCAGCUUCUGCAGAACAGAUUGUAGUCAGUCGGGAUGUUCAAACUGCAUUAAAUGAGAUGUAAGUCAUCAUCUGACUGAUAUUUCACUGAUUCCAUUGAUUCCAUUGAUCCGCUGAUUAAUUUCUCAAAUGACCAACUGAUCAGACUUCAGUCCCAAACCCAAAGACGUUCAUGUCUCUAAUCCUCACAUUUGGAAAGCUUAAGUUCAGCAAAAGUUUUGGCAUCUCAGUCAAACCUGACCGUCUUUCAGCUGUGUUUGGAUCAAUCGUUGUCCUAACUUUCCAAAGUUUUUCCAUCGCUGCUCCACUCGAGUUUGACUGAUGUGACUUCAAACUGUUCCUCUGGCAUCUCACACGGACUGAGACUAAACGAAUCUCCUGAGUUUCUGAAUAACUUCACCAUGGGUCACACUUGGCAGCACAGAACUCCAGCCGAGUGGCCAUAACAACUUAUUUAUCAUUUGUGUUUUCUCUGCCUGCUGUCUGAUGGGAAACGCAGGCUGUCACGCUUCCAGCAGCCUCUGACUGAAUGAGGCAGAGGAGACGCUGCAGGACAACAGGAACAGCAUCUUUCAAAUUAAAAUGGGUUUUCCAUGACAAUCCUGAUGAAAACUGAUGCUGUUUAUUUUUCAUUUGUUCAGGGUGGAUGUUGGAAACAAACUAAGCCCACGCGCAGUGCAUUUAAAGAAACAUGAGGACCUACACAUUAACCACUGCUUACUGAUAGCCGUGUCAGAAGGGCAGUUUGUGUAUCUUUGGCCUUCUUCACUGGCUACGUGUCAACACCAAAGGCUGUAAAGUCAUUCAGCACAAGUUAUUACCAGGCAGGGCGCUGAUAAGAGGGCAGCUUAAGUCUGCAUUAAUAAAGCUUUUUAUGGGUGGUAUGAGUUUUAUACAGCUUGUACGACCAAUCGGAUAACCUGAUGAAAACAAGAUGUCACAGAAAUGUGAAAAAGGAAAAUAUCAGGCAGCAGUCUGCAGUGUUUGUCAAAGAGAGAAGGUGUGUGUGAGAAAGCUGCACUCCGGCAACAGGUGAUUAUCUCUUUAUCCACACAAAGCGACAGAUACAGUAAUGUACACACACACACACACACACACACACAGACUAGGGGACAGAUAACAGAGCUGCACACACACACACACACACACACAGUUAUGAGACCGUAAGAUGUGGUGGAAACGUCGGGUUUCCUGGUCAGACCGAAGGACGCCUGACUGGUUUAGACUAAGCUAAUCUUUACUGCUGAGCUCAGUGAAGACGGUGAGACUGUGAGAUAAACCUCCAUCUUCAGCAUCUGGAACACCUGCGUGGAUAAAAACCUGAACCUGCAGAGCAGAAAACCAGAAUGAGAAGACAAACUGGAGGAUUUUGACCAACAGGCUACAGGACGACAACCGGCCUUCAGGUCAGCUGGAGCUUUUAUUUGUUCUUAUUGAUUUGUGUUGCUGCUGUCACACUGACAGCGAACAUCAGCGCACAGACUGGAGUGUUUUCAUGCUGUGUUAUGUGAGUCUGUAAGAAUUUCACUGCAUUGUCUUCAGUUAGACUGUUUUGUUUGUUAAUUGCAUUUAGGAUGUACACAGAUCAUCCAGCAGGAUGACGACGUCUGAUUUCAGCAGACCAUCAAACUGCAGCACAAAGCCAACCUGAUGUUUAGUCAACAGCUGCAUGAUGCGAUGGACACCGAGCACUUUGUUUUAUCCCCCCAACAACAUCUGCCAACUGUGCAUUUGCUUUAUUAAACCAAGUCCUCAUCACUCAGCUUUGUCAUAAACAAAGAGAUCUUUGUUGGCAUCUUAACAGUGGUGGACGCAGAGUAACUAUGGACCAGAGAGCCGCCCGCUCUUAGUGUCAGCUGAGGCCAUCAUGGAUGAGUUGGACAUCGGAGAAGAUGGCAGGAAAGAAGCACCGACGACCCAGCCAGGAUUCCCCCCGCCAGACGCCGCUGCGCUGUACCCCGCUGGUCUGUCCCCCGACCCGGGCAGCCCGCUGACUCACCUGGGGACGCUGCUGGCCGGACACGACGCACCGAGGACGGGCGGAUGGGACAGGAGACUGGAUCUGGAGUUUCAAGGCUGUCACUUACUGGGAUCAACAAGACAACCGGGAAGGGAAGCUCAUGCUGACCAGAGUGUGACCAUCCUGCACGCCAAGGUGGCCCAGAAGUCCUACGGCAACGAGAAAAGGUUCUUCUGCCCUCCGCCUUGUGUUUACAUUAGCGGUCAUGGAUGGAGGGUCAUGCAGGACCACCUGAAAGAGGCCGGCUACGGGGACUCUGUCCAUCGACUGUGUGGGUACAUGUGUCUGGACAGCUCCAGUCAGGCUCAGGCAGACACAUUCAAACUGGUCUUCGAUCAACAGCCAAACUCCAGGCUGUUCGCCUGUGCCAAGUCCCUGUUCAUUUCCGAUCAGGACAAGAGGAAGCACUUCUCCCUGUUGCUGCGUCUCUUCCUGGGCAACAGACAGGAAGUGGGUUCGUUCCAGAGCAGGAUGAUUAAAGUCAUCUCCAAACCCUCGCAGAAGAGACAGUCCAUGAAGAACGCCGACCUGUGCAUCUCCUCGUGCUCCAGAGUCGCUCUGUUCAACCGUCUCCGCUCGCAGACAGUCAGCACUCGUUACCUCUCAGUGGACAGAGGAUCCUUCAUCGUCAGCGCCCGACAGUGGACGGCCUUCACCAUCACCAUGGUGGCGGACCAGCGUGCUGACCAAGACGAGUUUGUGCUCAGUGAAGGCUUCAUCUGUUACGGCUGUGUGGUCCAGUUAGUCUGCACCGAGUCAGGAGUCGCUCUGCCGCCCAUGGUGAUCCGUAAGGUCAACAAGCAGCACGCCAUCCUGGACGUGGAUGAGCCGGUUUCUCAGCUCCACAAAUGUGCCUUCCAGUUCAGAGACAACCCGCAUGCGUACCUGUGUUUAUUCAACGACUCCAUCAUCAAGUACCAGGCCGCGUCCAGUGUGAGAGAGCCCAGCAAAGUGGUGCUGAACGACGGAUCCUGUUGGACCAUCAUCGGAGUGGAAGCAGUGGAAUUCACCUUUAAUCAGGGUCUGGCCUGCAUCCAGACACCCAUUACUCCUUUUCCUGUCAUCACUGGGUUAGAGGUGAAUGGUGGAGGACACGUUGCCAUGCUGGAGGUCUUUGGAGAAAACUUCAGCCCUCACCUCAAAGUGUGGUUUGGAAACUGUGAGGCUGAGACCAUGUUCAAGCCUGCUGCUGCUGUUGUCUGGAUGCCUUUAAUAGCUGGUGGAAAAACGUUUUGUGUCAGCCCAUCUGCUCACAUCUUCGUACACGUCCGACUGAGGGAAAGAAGUUGUUUUAUUCUCUUGACAAACUGACUUCUCUUAGUGUGCAGCAAUGGACCCAAUUUUACAAAGCACAAACCCUCACUUUAGUUUUUAGUCAUGUGUGGCUUCUGUUCUGGGUGGAUUUUUGCUUUAACGAUCAGUUCAGGAGGCCCCGUUCUUCCUUAUUUAUGACUCGCUCUCACGCUGAGCGGCACAAAGACAAACUCUCAGUCCCGUUGAACUCAGUUGGUUUUAUGGUGCACUGAGAGGCACCUUCACACUGAAUAUUAACCAAGCAGGUUUAACACAAAUUAUAUUUCAUUUGACCCAGAAUCGAAAAACUGUUAUUUUGCUGUCCGUUGAGGAAUUUCAAUAAAUCACAACAGAUCUGCAGCCGAGUCAGUCCGGCUGAACGCUGUGGUGUUGAGGCUUGUUCAGGACCUGAUGUGGGACUCAGCUGCAUGAGCUGAUGAAAAUAUGUGGAAUAACAAAGUGUAGGACAAUAUAAAAAUAUGUUAGAAUACGGUACAUUGAUUUUAGAACAUCAGGAUGUGAACUCUGCAUGGUGGUCCAGUGGUUAGCACUGUCGCCUCAUAGCCUCAUACUCCGCCUCUCGCCCGUAGUCAGCUGGGAUAGGCUCCAGCUCCCCGCGACCCUGGCGGAUAAGCGGUAUAGAAAAUGGAGGGAUGGAUGGAUUUUAUCCUUCGGGGAACAACUUCCUUGUCUCAGAACAGUGAAACAGAACACAACAAAAUUAUACAUCCAAAGACUCAAAGCAGACCUAUGAAACUAAUGCAUAAAUAAAAGACUCUUUAUGCUAAGCUAAGCUAACGGGCUGAAACGAGUAAAACACUACUCUUUUAAAAGCACCAGGGCUCAGGCGGACAGGAGCUCGACGCCACAGCUUCACAUCCUGGUCGUUACUGCAGCUAACCAUAAUUUUCAUUGUCAAUUAAUGUGCUGAAUUAUUGUCUGGAUGAAUCAGUUUAUUAAUCGCCGAUUUCUAGGAGGUGAACAAACAACCGACGACAAACAAAGGAAAUACAUCCGCACAUUUAAAUGAGUUUUUGCAUUUCUCUGCUUGAAAAAUUACGCUUAUGAUUACUCGAUUAAGAAAUGAGCAGCCAAUUAUUAUUAUUAUCCAUCAGCUGUCUCAGUGCGUUUAUUGGCUUUCAAAGAGUUUUCAAUGUUCAGGCGAGAAUCUCCUCAUUUGUUCAGCACAAAAUUCCCAACAUGUUUGAGGAGAGAAGACGGGCAUUUCUCCAAACAACUUUGACUAAAAAUAUUCUGGACAUGCCAAGAGUCCAAGCCAAGCCUGGACCCGAGCAGCACAAAGGGUCUUGUGUGAUCCUCAGACAUCACUCAGAGGAACUCGCCUUGGCUUUCAGGGAACAAUCCUCCCUCCGACGCCUACGGGGGGGUUUGUAGAAACGUGACAUUCAGGCGUCUCCUCGCAGAAUCUCAUGUGACGAAGGAAAACAAGCUCUCUGACGUCAGGAUGCACCUCAGACCCCACACCUGAAGUGCUGAGGCAUCAUAAGUCAGGGUCUCUGGCGGAGAGGGGCUCGCCGCCAGCUUCUGCAAAUAUUCCUCCCAUCAGCAGCAGCUCAGAGAAAAGUCGUAUUUAUAUAACGCAGCCAUCCACAAUGUGCUGUUUGUACGAGGAGCUGCAGCCAAUUAGGAACCUGAUCCCUCACUGCGGUGCGAGCCAGAGGUGCAGCAAAGUUUGGAAUGAAAUAACUUAAAAUAAAAGGGCAUUCAAAGUCGCUGCAGCUCGUUAGUCCUUUACACCAACCACAGGACUGUGUUUAGUCUGUGACAUAAUCGUGUCAUAAUCUUCCGCCACAGUUUGUUUUCCCCCAUUUUCAGUGUUGCUGCUCCGCAACUUCUUCCGAGGUUUGCCUCUUUUAUCUUUGUAUAAUGAAGGUUGACCUGGUGAACACGUGGCCACACAGCAGACACGGAGCGACUUUAGUUUGUGUCAGCCGCACUCGAUGCUUCUCGAGUCGUCAGAGUCAGCAGAUAGUGACGAAGACUUCGGCUAUAAGAGCAAGCGCUCAAAUCCUGAAGAUCGAAUGUCACCAGCAUUUCACAAACUGACUUUAUAACAACAGUUAACUGAUAUUAGGACUGUCAGAGUCUGGAGUCCAGGACAGGUGUGGCCUUCCACUCAGACCUCCACCCUGCGACUCCUUUGGAGACCAGAGUUUGAGUCCCACGUGUGUGCGAGCUGCUGGAAACAAAGCUGGUAAAAGCAGCUGUGAGCUGAAAGACGCCAUGAAGCUGAGGGGAGCUGCAGGUGAUGAUGACCCAUUCAUGUGAGGUUUAAAUGAGAGCCGCUUCAGUCAGUGUCUCGGCUCGGUUUGGAGCGUUUAUGAUCUGAGGCCGCUCAGUCCCUCUGCUGGUUCAUUUCCAGGUACAGCAGCCACAGAGUUUGAUGAAGGGACUCACAGGAAGUAGCUUCAGACCUUCAUUUCCUUGUUUCUC